AUGGUUACGGUGAGGACUUUGGCACUGGGUCUCAGGGAGCGAUGGCGGCGUCUGCCCCCCCCCCCUGCCGCUGGGGGCGGCGGCGGCGGCGGCGGCGGCGGCGGCGGAGAAGCUGAUCCCACCAACUCGACAAAUUUACGACCACCAGGCUCAAGCUAUGACGCCUGGUGUGGAGUGGCUCAUGGAUGUACGAGAAAACUGGGAAUGAAAAUAUGUGGAUUUUUGCAAAAAAACAACAGCCUGGAGGAGAGGAGCAGGAUCGUGAGCUCUCUGAAGGAGCGCACCGCCAAGAGCCUGCUGUCCUGCGAUAACAUCGGCAGGGACGCGCGGUUCAGGCACACCGAGACGGACUUUUCCAAUAUGUAUGCCAGAGAUCUACUGCCUGCUAAGAAUGGAGAGGAGCCGACCAUGCAGUUCCUCCUGGAGAUGGUGGAAAUUCUCACCAACUACAUCAGGAAGACCUUUGACAGAUCCACCAAGGUCCUGGACUUCCACCACCCCCACCAGCUGCUGGAGGGCAUCGAAGGCUUCAACCUGGAGCUGUCUGACCAACCGGAGUCCCUGGAGCAGAUCCUGGUGGACUGCAGGGACACGCUGAAAUAUGGAGUGAGGACAGGCCACCCCAGGUUCUUUAACCAGCUCUCUACUGGACUGGACAUCGUUGGACUGGCCGGGGAGUGGCUGACCUCUACUGCCAACACUAACAUGUUUACCUACGAGAUCGCCCCUGUCUUUGUGCUAAUGGAGCAGCUGACGCUGAAGAAGAUGAGAGAAAUCAUUGGCUGGCCUGAGAGUGAAGGGGAUGGAAUAUUCUCUCCAGGAGGAGCGAUCUCCAACAUGUACAGCGUGAUGAUCGCCAGAUACAAGUUCUUCCCUGAAGUCAAGACCAAAGGCAUGGCAGCUGCACCCAGACUGAUCCUCUUCACCUCAGAGCACAGCCACUACUCCAUCAAGAAAGCCAGUGCAGCUUUGGGUUUUGGAACAGAGAACCUGAUUCUUCUGAACACAGACGAGAGAGGCCGAGUCAUUCCUGCAGACUUGGAAGCCAAAGUAAUAGAGGCCAAGCAAAAGGGUUAUGUUCCCAUGUUUGUGAACGCCACCGCUGGAACCACGGUCUACGGAGCCUUCGACCCCAUCCAUGAAAUCGCAGACAUCUGCGUUAAGUACAACAUGUGGCUCCACGUGGACGGAGCGUGGGGAGGAGGUUUACUGAUGUCCAGGAGACACAGGCACAAGCUGAGUGGAAUCGAGAGGGCCAACUCAGUCACCUGGAACCCCCAUAAGAUGAUGGGGGUGCCUCUGCAGUGCUCUGCCAUUUUGGUCAGAGAGAGGGGUUUACUACAGAACUGCAACUCCAUGUGUGCUGGCUACCUGUUCCAGCCAGACAAACAGUACGACGUCACAUACGACACGGGCGACAAGGCCAUUCAGUGUGGACGCCACGUGGAUAUCUUCAAGUUCUGGCUCAUGUGGAAGGCUAAGGGAACCACAGGGUUUGAACAGCAUAUUGACAAGUGCCUGGACCUGUCUGCGUACCUCUUCAAUAAAAUCAAAAACAGAGAAGGCUAUAAGAUGGUAUUCAACGGAGAGCCUCAGCACACAAACGUCUGCUUCUGGUACAUUCCACCAAGUCUGCGAAGUCUGCCCGAAGGUGAAGAGCGAAGGGAGCGGCUGCACAAGGUGGCUCCAAAGAUCAAGGCCAUGAUGAUGGAGUCUGGGACCACCAUGGUGGGCUACCAACCCCAGGGAAACAAGGUCAACUUCUUCCGCAUGGUCAUCUCCAACCCCGCUGCCACCAGGUCAGACAUCGACUUUCUGAUUGAGGAGAUCGAGCGACUGGGCCAAGACCUAUAAGAGCCUCAGCUGUAAUGUAACGCUUUUUCACUCAACCUCCGAAAAAAACAUCUGGAGAGUCCUGGUACCGAUUCCAUGUCCCUCUCAUCAUGUACAGAUGUUGGAUUUUUUUGCUUACAAUGCACAAGAAAAUAGUAUGCACUGAGUGUCAAUUCAUUGUCUCUUCUGUCUUCAGCGGCAACAACGUGUAUUUAAAACCAUUUGCACAGCAGUGUAAAAAAAACAAAAAGUCCAUCCAAGUUUCAGAUUACGACAUGAGCACACUGUCGUCCUCAAAACAAUUUUCAGAACUGCUGUUCAACAGUUCUGUCAGUAGAAGAAAAACUCCUCAGAUUGCACCUUUACAUAUAUAUAUAUAUAUAUAUAUACAGUAUAUAUAGUCAGAUUAAAUGUGUCAAUGCAGGUUUUGUUGCUGUAAGUGAAAUAACAGCAGGGAUUCCUAUUAGGUAUCACCAACAGAACAAUAAAUAAUAAUUAUAAUUAUCAUAAUAAUAUUUUUUCACUCGUUACUGAGCACAACGUGGAAAAACAUACAGUAAAACGGAUAGUAUAAAUGUAAAAUACAGUGUAUGGUGUUCUGACUGUUGUCUGUGUAACUCUCCAACCAGAGGCACCGCCAUCUUGUACCCUGACUGUUUCUCCCCUUGUUAUGACAUGAGUGGGGACAUAGUGUAGCACAGUCAUUGUGACAGGUUCUGUACUGGAGUGCUGUCUUUUUAGAGAUUUUUGUGUAGAUUGUGUAUAGUAUUGUUACAUCGCCGUCGUGCCAAACAUGUCAUAAAUUUUACAAUGAAAAAAACAAAAACAAAAAACAAAAAACAAAGCUAUAUGUAAAUCAACCAUAAUAGAGUAAAAAUAGAUCAUAAGUGAAUAACUUUAUUUAUCUGGAGAGACUAUAAUUGUGAAUAGGUAAUCUGCUAUUCUGCUUCAUUUUUAAUGUAUCCCUCAAACUUACAAAUUCUCCUUUGUUAUACAUCACACUGUUUUUCGGGUAACACUGAAGUCUUUUAGUGUCUUUGUGAACCAAAGAAGGGUGGAGUUACAUUUAUACACAUGUACGCGGCCCUGGUUUGUCCUCAUGGAUGAAUUCAGAUGUUUAUAUUAUAAGAAUGUUUAACUUGACAUCCUUCAGCUGUAGUGCAAUCUAUGUUGUGUAACUGUGCAAUGUCGUUGUGAUUCACUGACUGAAUGUCCACUGUCCAAAGGCUUCGACCGUCAAGGCUUUGGUGAGGAUACAAAGCACAACGCUUAACCGUGACCGUGGGGCGGCUCACAUUCUGGGCCCGUGUGAUUGUCUGUAUCACAGUCAAUUCAGUGAGGUCAUAUUAUAAGAUGCAACAUUUUCAUUUGUUUUCGACUGUAGAGAGCAAUUUAAUGUCAGGAGAAUCGCUGUAAUCACUUGAGUUAAAGAGUUUUUGCCUGAACAAUUUAACGCAGUGUUCGCUGCCGUUCUUAGAUUUAUUAAACAGUCGUACAUUCCUGAAUUAGUGGGAUUGACUGUCCCCUGUUGGUGUAGGCACUUUAACUUUAUGCCAUUACGUGCAAAGUAUGCAGAGUAUUACUGUUUUUCCACGACGCUAAUUUAAGAAAAAGAAAAGACGUGGAGUGUAUAUCAUCUCUGGGCACAAUUUUACAGUUUGUGUAAAGGACCUUUGAACUUAUAACGAGCAAAUAAAUAUAUGUGGUGAACAACACUGAAA